GCCAUACAACAGGGGGCCGGGCGCUUGGGCCAUUGGACUCAUUCUGAACCCCAGGUGCACCAUAUUAAGAUUGGCACUUGGACCCAAACUUACAGUGUGGGCAGGGGAUGCUAACCCCCAAGGGCCACCCGCCCCCAGCCAUUCGGGCUACCCCAACUUCCCCACAGGUAAGUGAAGGAGAGCGCUGCGGCUGCGGCUCACACGGAAGACCCCGGACGGGAAAAGGAAUGGUGAGAGGCACGCGCCGACGCGUUGUCGCGUCUCAGGCACGGGGUAAAAAAGGGAGGGUUCAUCAUUAGGGCAGACAGGUAGAUAGAAUUAAGACAUAUG